AUGCUUGGUAUGAAGGGCUCGCACGAGCUCUCUGCAAUUUGUGCUCUCGUGGUCGACAUCGCCCCGCCCCACAACGUUCGACCGCCCCCUGACGAUGAAGACGAUGAGGGAGACAUUCUCAGCGAUAUGAUGAAGAGACGUUACAUUAGUGAAGCCGUCAACCCUUUGCCUCCUUCAAUAAGGGUUUUUCAUCCCGCUUUUGCCGCUUUUGCGGUCAUGUGCAGAGAUGGUGAUUUACCCGUCCCGGAAGACUUCUUGAGGAGCACCGCGAAGCUCAUGCUCGUAGGAUGUCGUGUCUUCCCUAACCAGACCGCAUUCCAGAACGAAAUCCUCCGUCUCCUCUCCGAUCUCCUAGGCGGUCAAGUCCAGCAAUCUUAUGUUUGUCGCACGUUUCCAGGAUAUGUGGUCCCUGCCUCAGUCUUUCCACCAUUCUCGGGCACUGCCGCCCUCGCUGCCAUCGGGGUGGACACAGAAACCGAGUCCGGUGAACUGCACUCCACGAGCUCGUACGUCGAUCAUUGGUGCCAUGCUAACCAGCGAACGCUCCUCAACAGCUGCCGUGUGCCGUCCUUUGUGGUCGGUGUCUCCGGUCCGCGCGUUUCCAUAUCCGGCGCCAUCAUCUCGGGAAAGCCUGUGGUGCAGCGCCUGACGAGGGACCUAUGGCUCUCACACGAUCAUCAAGCGGACGAAGCCGAACUGCUGGAGAACGCACGAGUUCUCUACGCCCUCACGCUCGCCCUGACAGGCUUGCGCGGGUUCUACGCCCGCCUCCCCCUCCCGACGACCGAGGCUUCCCGCUUCUUCCCCUCUGCGACUCGAUACCGCGCCCCAAGCGGCCGCCCCAUGACGUUCACGUACUCCGCCGUGCUCAAGGACCCCGGCGAAGGCUCCACCGUCUUUCGCGCGCGCCUCGACGGGCCGGAGCCGCAGGACGUCGUCGUCAAGUUCGUCGAGCGGUACGGCGCAGCCGCGCACACGCUCCUCGCCUCUGCGGGGCUUGCGCCCGGGCUGCUCUACUGCGGCGACAUCUGGCCAGAAGAGGAUCCCCCGUACGACGGCCACCAGAUGGUGGUGGACCGCGCGCUGAAGAUCCUGCAUGAGAAGGGCAUGGUGCAUGGGGAUGUCCGCCCGCUGAACGUCUUGCUCCUCCGCGGCUGGGAAGAGGGCGUCGAGGGCCGGGUGAGGCUCAUCGACUUCGAUUGGGCGGGCCGGGUAGGGGAAGCGCGCUAUCCCUCCCACUUGUCGAAGCGUGUGUUCCCUGUGGAGGGCGUGCAGGAUUUCGCGCCAAUCACUCCCGCGCAUGAUGCAGGGAUGCUUGGCCUGCUCUACCAUGGCACACAUCGUCCAUAG